UAUUCUGCAUCGCACAUCACCUUCAAAGCACUAUUAAUGGCGAAGACAGCCGACGCGGCGCGCGCGCGGAUCGAAAACGACCUACGAACCAUCUCAUCAUGUUCACACACUACGGUAGCAGAGCUUCAAAGCUUGCUGCUAAACAAAGCCACCGAGCCUACUCAAAAAGAGAACGUACGGACGACUAAGGCAGAUAGCACCUCAACAACCGUUCCGCGUGGAAGGGCAGCCACGGCCGCGAAGGCUACGACGAAGGGCGCAAAACCGACCACGCCUACCCUCACGCCUCGAGAACGAUAUAUACUCGCCACAGAAGUCGCAAACAUUACUCUGAAGACAUUAUCAGAAGCAUUAAAAACACAGUCCUCGAGUAGGCCUCGCCCAUCCACCAAAACCAGCUCUACUACAGCUUCGCAUCCGCUCAAUGAAGUAUCCGUCAGCCAAGCCGUCAACUCACCUCAGAAACGAUCACCACCAAAUCGCUCCUUUACCAAUACCUCUCGUGGGAAUGAUGGCUCUGAUCAAAGCCUGGUAUACACGGCAGAAUGCUCAAGAGCAGCAUUUGCGUACUUGGGAACCCCGGAAGCUGGAAAGGUAGCAGGCAAAGACUCGCCAGAAUUGCAGUUAGAGAGUGGUAUGCUCGCUCUUGUCGGAAAGCUGGUGGCUCAUGGACUGGAUAGCUUGGCAGUCAAGGAGAUGAGAUUGUUGAAGAGGAGGCUGGAUAAACAUCUUGGACGUGAUCCAGAGAAGUCAACUUCUCGUGGGACGGUCAAAAAACCAGGGAUGCAAGCCUCUGUUCCAAAUGAAAGAGAGAGCGUAGUAUCGCUCCUGGAUUUUGGAGAAGUUGACAGCACAAGCGCGGCACUUCCAAUUAUUACAAACCUCCAAACUUACGCACUGAGGAUGAUUGCUAGGAUGAAUCGACCCAGGGUUGUUGAAACAGCUUGGAUUUACAUCAAGCUGUCACACCCAUCGUCUCCUGCGAACCUGAUCCGACACAUAGCGAAAUCCCCUAAUAGCUCGAGUAAAGCUGCGAGGCAGCUGGAAUCUCUUGCUGGAACCAUACUGACACUUUGCCCAAGCAUCUCUACAUCCAACGACGGCGCAGACAAUCUCCCAAGUCCAGAGAUCUGUCUAAAGCUACAGCACCUAGCUUUCAAGAUUCGACAGAUGUGGUGGGGGCUCGUUAAUCAUAGAGGCGAUGUCGAAAAAGAGCUCCUAGAGCCUCUUGCAAAGUGCAUGGCAGCUUACGCAAGGAGGUCAAAACAGGCUCACGACAAGAAGUAUACACUAGCGGAGUCUCUAUAUGCCAAUAUGCUGGACACGUUGAAAGAGUCAGGAUACUCGCAAAAGCAGGAUAACAAUACCCAGGAACUGGCAAGAAAGACCUUAAGCUCUCUGGCCCAAGCUGCAGGGCUACAUGAAGAAGCUAUUCGAUGGUUGGGUAAGACAAACCCAUCAGAGUCCGAAUUGUCUGCUGCAAAAGCAGCUGCAAAGUUGGCGCGUCUGUGCACUCUCUCCAUUGAUGCUCGUAUUCGAAAUCCCGAAAAACAAACAACUGAUAUCAACGUUGACGCUGUGAUUGGGGCGCUUUCUGGUAGUUUGGGAGGAUCUGCCACGGAACUUGAUGCUUUAUUCAUCGAGGUCCAUAGUUUACGACGUAUGGCCACCCGGUUGCUAUCCACUUUAAACUCUGUUGCCGCAAAAUCGCCUCUCUUAAACCUCGAAGACGACUGUUUACGUAUUCUUUCAGUGAGCAUCCACUUCACUCUAAGGUUUAUCAGCACCACACCAUCAUCUGGAACAGAUACGAAAAGUGCGACCCGACACCAUGAACGACUACAUAUAACUUUGAACCUGAUCAAGAGUCUCGUGGAUUCUGUCAUGGUUUGUUGUAAACGGCCACUGACCAGCGAGCCAACAUGGAUACAACUUGAUGUUCUGGUGCAAGAUUGUUUACGACUCGUGCACAAAUUGCAGGAGUUGGCUCCUGAUGAUCAUCCUUGGAAUUACAGUCACCAGACUGCUGCUAGUUCCAUAUUUGUUAGAUUUUCCAAUGCUUACUGGGUCAUGCAUUCGCAGCUACGAAAGCUGAAUGUGGAAUCGACGAUAUCAGUUGUGCCACUUCAGCGAUCAAGUGAUAUCCUCUCACCGAGACCAUUGAUAGAAAAAGAAGCCGGACUGUUGGCAACAAAACUCGAACGCCUGGGAGAAGUUUUUGACCAGAUAAGCGCGAUUGAGCAGUCCCGCGAUGCGCUGCAGCAAAGUAUGAAACUUGUUUGCAACGCUGAUGCAGUCCAAGCGCUCUCCGAUGCAGCUGGAAGGCAUUCAGUUUCGCACAUCUUUGAGUCGCAAAGCCUAUUCAGCACCCUCAAGAGAUUGCUCAACGGCUACCACAAGUCUAUUUUGAGAUACGGUCUGAGGAGUCAUGGCGAGCUGACGUUCUUCGACAAUAGUGAACAACCAGCAUCUGUACGAGGUGUUAUCCUGGAAUGGCAAUUGUCACAAUAUCGAAAAACUUUGUCACGGAACCGUAACUGGGACUCCGACUUGAAUCAAUCUCUUCAGACUAUCGUUGACCGACUUCUGGAUAUAUAUACGUCGGACGCAUUCCCACUCCGGCGUCGAAGGCUACUUCUGACUGUGUUCGACCUGAUUCAAGCACAUCCGGGUAUCAUUUCCAACAACUCACUUCCUACGGACGAUACUCUUGUGACUUUAAUCAGUCUCAAAGGCACGAUGGAUGCAGGUCUAGCGAAAUUUGCUGGUCAUUUGGAGAGUCUCUGUAAACUCAAGAUUUCUCUCCAAAGUGAAACACCUACCAUUGCAGUAAUACGAGAAUCCUUUUCGGUUUGGGAGACCCUUGUCAAUACAGCAAAAUCAUGGGAUGACUUGCUAGACCACGUUGAUGAUGCCGAAGAUUGGUUGCAGACAAUGCGAAUGUGUGUCGACUUCUUAGCCGCAAAAGGCGAAGAGUAUGAGUGCCUACCUAUUUUGCGCCUACUUACGAAAACGCUGGAGCUCCAAAACGACCUUGAUCCAUCCGAAUUGAUCACUGCCUUAAAUAACCUGGGGGUCCAAUUCUCACGCUUGGGUUACUCGGGACAAGCUGGGUUGGUGUUUGCUAGAGCGGGAACCCUCCUAUCCCAAAAUGCCGCAUCCACAGAAGCAAAGCUGCAUUGGCAUAUCGGAUAUGCAGAAUAUCUGGUGGCUAUUGGCAACACAACGAAAAGCGGAAGCACUCUGGUCGCCGCUCAAGCUAUUGCCACCAAAGAUGUCCAAUUCAUGGAACUGGCACAGUCGUCGACAACCUUGGGUAGCAGGCUCCGGUUCCACAGAGUACUCGCAAAUGCUUGUUAUGUCUCUUCACUUGUUUCGGCACAGCUAGGUGACUACAAAGACGCCGCCAAACACGCUAGGCAGUGUGUCGUACUUAAUCGUCGCAUCUGGGCUGCUCUUGAAUCUAGAGCAAACGCAAAAAAGGCCAUUGUGAGCGAAUCCACUUGCUCGUCACUCGAAGUCUCAGGCAGGUCGAAUUCUGAUGCUUUGGGCUCCGUGCGAAAUGACAAAGGAAUGCCUCUUGCUAUGUCUAUCACGCAUGAUGCUUUGAAUGGGGCAGACUUCUGGUCCAUUGUGCCCUCACUAUACAGGGCUUUCAUGCAGCAUGCCCGCAUCUUCAUCAGCCAAGGGCUAUUGCAGGAGGCCAUAUACAUGGCGGAGCAAGCCGAUAGAAUCGUCACCGCAACACACUCCUCCUCAAUGAUCAUUGAAAAUGCCAGUCAGCGCGCGGAAUUUUGGAUACAAAGUGGACGACUGGAUAAAGCUCAACCGAUCGUUGACGCUCUCAACCCAUCACAGUGCGGGAAUGCUUUGGCGAAGCUUGCGUAUUAUUCAUCCAUCGCUAGGAUGUCGUACCUUGGCAAGUUAUCGGACGGAGCCAACCACAGUGAAAGUCAGAAUGAUGAGCUUGCCACUUACGAGUUGAUGGAAGAGAUGUUGACAAAGCUUACUUCGCCCGGAUACAUCAAAGGGAUCGAUAGCUUUGGGAUCGAUCUAAACAACUUAACCGACGAUAUGGCUGCUAUGACAAUAGGCAACCUAGAGGCCACCGAAUCGUGUCCGAACAAAGCUGCACGGGGGCGUGCGAUCCCACGGAAGGCUGCUCCGAAGGCUCCAGCAAAACCAGCUCCAAGGUCCGCUCGCAGGACUGCAGUUAAGAACACCUCUACAGCCGUGGCUACGAAAUCGGUGAAGACGAUUUCAAAGACUGUCGAAAGUGCAUGUGUUGGUGAAGAGUGUGCGCCGCUAUCCACCCUUGUCAGCGAGAUCACCCAUCGAAAAGCUCUUUCUCUAUUACUUCGUAAUGAUGUCUCGAAAGCCAUGGUGCUCUUGGGUAAAGCUGAGGCCUUGAAAACUAGCCUGGAUUACAAUGGCCUGCAUGCGUGGACAAAUUUUAAAGCCAUGUUUUCGAAAGCCAUCAAAGAUGUCGAGGACGACUUUACAUUCAAUACGCUGCCCGAAUCUACCAUUGCUUUCCCUGCAUUACCACCCACUGACGAACAUACACCUCAGAGUACUGCAACCAAGAAGAUCGCAUCGGCCAAAAGUGUUUCCAAGACUGCCAAGGAGAAGAAACAGCAGGACCCUGAGUUUGUGGAAACCUUACUGGCUGCUCGCGAGUGUCUGAAAAACUCUCAUGAUUUGUGCGCAGCGUCAGGCUCAAGCCAUGCAUUCCAACAGAUAUCUGCUGCUUUGGGUCAUGUCACAACUCUACUUUCGGCAGUAUCGGCAGGGCCUGUGCGCGGAUCGCUCGGUCCAUUGUAUGCUGCGUACAUGAGUGAGAUUCCAAAAUGCAAGUCACUCAAAUUUGCCCAAGAGUCAGUCGAAGUCGAACAAGAACCGAUGUCAAGAGAUGAGUGCCUAAAGUGGCCUGUUCCAGACGCCAACAAAUCAAGCCUUGCAUCUGCACUUGAUUUCCAGAACGACUACAUUGACAUUAUUCCGGACUCGUGGAUGGCGAUCUCUCUGGCACUCAACGACGACCAAAGCGAGCUUUAUAUAACUCGCUAUGAAAGCAAGCAGGACCCGUUUGUUCUUCGCUUACCCAUGGCUAGGCAGUCUUCCCGGGAAGGCGAUGAGGCUGAAUUCACUUUUGCGGAUGGCCGCCGCGAGUUUGAGGAUAUAAUUGAGCUAAGCGACUUCAGCACUCGAAGUGCGAAAGACAUGACCACCAAAGCAGCGAGGCAUCAGUGGUGGUCCGAGCGGGAAGCCCUGGACGCAAAACUACAAGAACUCUUGCUAAAUAUCGAGAACAUCUGGCUCGGUGGUUUCAAAGGCAUCUUCUCCAAUCACGUGCCACAGGACAAACUUUUGGCGAAAUUCCAAGCCUCUCUUCAGGCCAUACUCAACCGACACUUGCCUUCUCGACGCAGAAGAGGUCAACAGAAGGACCUCAAGUUGAAUCCCAAGGUUCUAGGACUGUUUAUCGGCCUUGGCGAUGCGUCGAACGAAGAUGGAGAGCUUGAUGAUGCGCUCGCGGAUCUCUUAUAUUUCGUGGUCGAUAUUCUCCAGUUCAACGGCGAGCGAAAUGCAUACGAUGAGAUUGACUUUGACACCAUGGUUAUCGAGACCAUCGAUGCUCUGCGUGCCUUCCACCACGCGUCUCAAAACGCUCAAACAAUCAGGGAUCACACCAUCCUCAUUCUGGACAGGAAUCUGCACAUGCUUCCUUGGGAAUCACUCCCAUGUCUAGAGAAGCUUUCAAUAUCUCGACUUCCCUCCCUAGCAGCGUUACGCGAGCGACUUCUCGCCGCGCGCCCAUCUGCUAUCGACUCCGACACGCAGUCUGGCCAUCACAUAUCCGCUGCAGCUGGAGGCACCAGCAUCCUCAACCCAUCCGGCGAUCUAUCCCACACCCUCAAAACCAUCAAACCGCGUCUAGCGGAUAUGUCCGGAUCCUGGAACCACAUUACCAGCCGAGCCCCCAGCGAGAAAGAAUUCGAAAACUCUCUCCGCGAAAAAGAUGUAGUCCUCUACUUCGGCCACGGAAGCGGCGCGCAGUACAUCCGCUCAAAGUCAGUACGGAAACUCUAUCUCAGCGACCAAAACACAAAUGGAGAAGAGGAGCGGAUGAAGCCAGGAUGCGCGACUACAUUCCUCUUUGGCUGCUCGUCCGUGCACCUCUCUGACAACGGCAUCUACGAGCCCUCGGGCAUGCUCGCUUCGUACCUCACGGCCGGCGCCCCCGCCGUGCUGGGCAUGCUGUGGGACGUGACCGAUAAAGACUGCGACCGCUUCGCUGUCAAGGCCGGCGAGCUGUGGGGCCUGUGGCCUGAGCCUGCCGAAGAUGAAACGCCAGUUGCGCCUCCAACGGCCAAAAAGUCAAAGGGCAAAGGUAGAGUCGCGCAACUCGUCGAGGAAGUUGAGGUCGUUAGGGGAAGUGGGAAGAGAAGUGCUGGUAAGAAGGCUGCUUCGUCGAAGGGUAGUAGAGCUAGAAGCGGGAACGGCAAGGGAGUCGCGCUCGAUGAAGCUGUUAGGGAAGCUAGGAAGGAGUGCGUGUUGAGGUAUCUCAAUGGUGCUGCGGCGGUCGUGUACGGCAUCCCUGUUUAUCUGGAGUAGAAUCGUGGCCCAGUUGUUGUGUUCUUUUUUUUUGUAUAUAUUAGACGGCUUUUUUUUUCUAAUCAUAUCAAUUCAUCAUGGAAGUAGUGGAAACUUGAAACUAUCUCUCAUACACAGUAAUACUCAUCCGAGAUAUAAACUCUACGUACAUUUGAGAUUCUGUGCGUCGUCAAUAGUUCAUCGUCAAGGCACUGGAAUCACUCACCCCAUCUUUCAUCGCUCUUGCGAACUACUAGCAGCAUGUAUUACCAUGUUAAAAUGUGACUACCCACUCCCAAAAGGAAAAAAGAUUGGCAAGAACAACUGCAAUCACCGAACCGAGAAUCCGCUUCUAGCAUAUCUCGCAAAAGCCUUGGACUUUUUGGAUAUUGGGAUAACAAACACAUCCUGUGAUACGGUAACUGGAAAUAUACGUGCUACUGACACACGGUGGUGGUGGGAAUAUCGCAAGAUGAAUGUUGUGGUUAUCGCCUGUUUUGUUUUCAGGGUACUUUGUCGCUGUAUAUAUU